AUGUCGCAUAAUAAAAACAUUCCAGACAUAAGCGUGUAUUUAGACUCACCCUUCGCUGGGGAUCCGCCUUGGACAACCGCUCGUUGCAACAGGCUGCUCCGCCCAAUUACGGCGCAGAUCAGAGUCUUGCGGGAAAUCGUCUACCCACAGCUGAACGCAAGCGCUACAUCUGGAUCUGCUUCUGCAUCCAAGGAUGAGCCAAUCUCAAGCGACAGGCAGCAGGAAGACGAAGAAGCCGAGGAUUCCGGACGCCGCAAGGACUUUGAUGAUCCCGAUUGGGUACCGCAUGCUACAGAGAAAAAAGGCACUAAGCGUUUCUAUUCCAAUCGCCCUUCAAAGGCCGAAGCGCGCCCAGCGCCUCGGGAGCGUAAGCCUGGCCAGAUCUCUAUGCCUUCGCCUUUGAUUGCCCGCCAAGCCAGAUCUGAUGACUUCCAUCCCCAAAAGCCUUAUGGUUGGCAAUUUCUGCAGACCCCGAAGAAGCACAGGUUCCCUUUGCUGAAGCACGACCAUGGCCCUGACUUGUACGGCGAAUCGACCAUGCAGCACAGGCGCCAUGUCGAGCGCCUCCUACAGGCCUUUCGGGUACUACUUCAGGCGACUAAGGCUCAAGAAAAGAGUCGCACAUCAAAGACUGGGGCGCGCUCGUUGAUGUCGACCUGCCUGCGACAGGUCCCUGCCUACAUUGAAGGCCGACAGCAAUGGGAAGAGGAGGAGAACGUCGACAAGGUAGAUGCCAGCGAAGAAGUCUAUCAGGAUCUCGAAUCUAUGGGAUCAGCCUCAGGCUGGCGGCCUUUGAGGGAAGUCGUGCGCGCUCACGGCGUAGCUCUCAUCACCACGGCUACCGCCGAAAAACUCCUGGAUACUACCCACAUAAAAGAGCUCGUUCGGCUGUGUCAUUCGGCGCUUGCUUACCGUGAGGCGGAGGAGAUUCUGACGGCAUUCGCCUUCACCACAGCACCACAGCAGCCUCCAAAGACUGCGAAGGACGAGCUCUUCCACUUUGGCAGUGGCAUUGCCGCAGCCCACGCUUGGGCGGAGCGGAUAGACGGAUGGUCUUUCUUUUAUCGCUUAGUACGCAGCAUGCUAAUCUCCAACCUUAUCCCGGUUGAGUGGGCCGCAACUACACAAUUCAAGAGUAUCUGGAGCAGGAUUAUCCGACACAUAUCCGACUCCAGCAAUCCGGCGCACGCGGAAGCUUGUCAACUCAUCCAUGUCUUCUUAUCUCUUGCCUGUGGCAGAAACCUGCAACACGUCGAAGGUAUGCAGUCGGACGUAGCAGAUGAUUGUUUGGAGCCGAGCGUUCCCACCGGAGUAAAGACGGCCUUGAACACCACCGUCUCAUCUCUAUCCGCCAUCUUCGCUGCGAUAUUCCUCCUACCGGACAAUGAAGCGAGCUAUGGCAGCAGAGGCAAAUAUGAGAUACGACAUACGCUCGAGGGUAUUGCUGCAGACAUCACUUACGACAUCCUUGAAGGCCAUCUUGAUACCGCGAUUGCUCGAUCUAGCUCGACUAUCGAGCGGUUGAGUAACAUCCUUACAUGUGCUAUCAUCACUGGUGUUUACACACAUGACAGCGUUCCACACAUCACCUUUGCACCUGUUGCGCAUAUCAGGGCUUUAACGGAGCUGGAGGAGAAAAUAGGUCAGCAGUUGCUGAAUCUGCCGGCCAUAGUUUGCUCAGUUGCCGAGACGUGCGGAAAGGCAUAUAUGCCCAAAUCACAACAGAACGUUUUCUUGGUCUUGAUGUCCAUGGUGGAGACUUUGAGGUCCUACCGGGUGUCAUCUUUUGAUGAUGGCAUAUUCACCGAAUCAACUCUCUCCAGCAAAUGGGAGACUAUCGGCUUUCCUUCGUGGUUCUUGAAGCGCCUUGCUCUAGAUUCUGCCCACGAGUUUGCCAACCACUCCCAAGAUUCUCUGGGUAUCAACAGAAGGGAGUACCUACAGUUCGCGCUCGACAUCGAGAAGGAGAUGGAAAACAUCCAAAUGCCCUACCGCGACACGUCCUUCUUCCACAAAGACGCAGAGUACCACGUCGGCUACCGCUGGGAGGCCGGCAUCUCCGAGUGGGUCGAAGCCACGCCGCUCGUGCGCUUGAAACAUUCCCCAAGCCUGGCAGUAGCCGAACCGCCGUCCAGCCCGACGACGUCGAAAGUGCUGUCCACCCCGUCCCGUCCCUCGCUGUCCCAGAUCCUCUUGGCGAACAGCACGCCUGACGUCCUCGGCUAUAAUAAUAAGAACAACGACACACCGGCUCCCCUCUCGAAGAAGCGGUUUUCUGCUGCUCGUCCUCCUAGCACGCCCAUGUUCACGAGUACUCCGCUCGCGCUCAAGACGCUGCGGGAUGAUGUCGAUUACGACGACGAGGAAGACGAGGACACGCUGCCUGAAGAUACGGGCGCAAGCAGUUCUGAUGACGAUGCCGAUGAGCUGGCCCUCACCAGUCCUGUCAAGCAGCAGUCGAGCCCGGAGCCUCCGCGCAAGCGGGCGAGGAGGAGCCGCAGUGGUGGUGGUAGAGGUAGCAUCAGCGCCGGUCGCCGGACCACCAUUACCUCGCUGAGCUCGGCGUUUGGUUUGGAUGGCGCUGAUGAUAGUGAGGAUGAGCUCAGUUUCUUGUAA